GAGUCGUUUACCUUCUCAUUGGCGAGACGGUCGCCAUGUGUGAUGCGUGAGCGCAUGUUGCGGCGUGUGUUGACGGCGAUCAGACACAAAAAGCCCGCGGUGGCGCGCGGACGAUGCCGCACUGGUUGCCGGCAUCUCUACUCCUCGUAAUAGCCGCUCACGCCUGGCGACCACCACACGCGCGACUGUCUCGCUCGCACUUGAGGCCUAACACCACCACCCGCCAUCUCCAUCUCUUUGGUUGGCACUUGGAACUACAGGAAAAUCUGGCCAUACGUUCCCCUUACUACAAAGAGUGUAAGUUCUAUAGAGGCCGUGUGUUGUUUGAAGAUGACUCGUCGGUGACGGUAACGGAAUGCGAAGGUCAAUUGUACGGACUACUGCAAGUAGGGAAAGAGUCGUUCGUGCUGCAGCCGACGAGCCCGGGGAGCAAUCAUGUGUUACGGCGCCGCGAUGUAUUGCCGUCCGAGGGGCGGACGGCGUACAAUCUUACUGGAGACACGGUCACUGAACUUGAACUUGAGUUCGAGAAUUAUAACCCCAUGCCAUAUGUAAGCAUAGGACACAGUGAUGAUUCGGAGACUGAAUAUUUUCGCGACAUACAGCCCGUCACAAGACCCAUUUCAGGUGUGAAAGGACUGUGGCUCGAGAUGGCAAUAGUGGCUGAUCACUCUAUGCUAAAGUUUCAUGGUAAAGAAAGAGUAGAACACUAUAUUUUAGCUUUAAUGAAUAUCGUCAGUGCCAUCUUCAAUGACCCAUCAAUAGAUUCAAACAUGACACUAGUUAUUAAUAAACUAUUUCUGAAUGAUGAUAAGGACACACUAGUGAAAUAUGGAAAUGUUAAAAAAUCUUUGGAGGCAGUCAACAAAUGGAAUUACCGACAUUUAAACAAAUUACCUAAAGAUACAACAGGCUGGGACGUAGCAGUCUGGUUAACCCGAGUACCACUUGGUGGGCCCUCGGGUUUCGCUCCUGUGGGAGGCGUUUGUACCAGCAUGCGUUCUGCUUCUAUUAACCGAGAUGAGGGCCUCACUAGUGCCUUCGUAAUUGCUCACGAGCUCGCCCACUUAUUGGGAUUAACCCACGACGGAGAUGACCAAUGCGAGAAAGAAGCACACAGAGGUACAGUGAUGGCGCCUACCGUUUUGGCCACUCUCCAAAAUUUCGCGUGGUCCAGCUGUUCCAGAGAACAAUUUCAUGACAAAUCCAAAAAAUGGUGGUGCUUGCAUCAACGUAGCCAUGAUGAAGGAGUGGAGUUGGGUGGUGCUAAGGCAUUAUCCAAUUACGUAUUCACUAUGGACGAGCAGUGCAGGACCGAAUUUGGCGAAGGAUACUCUAUAUGCAGAUCUGUGAAGGUACGGUCAGCAUGCUCACGUCUGUGGUGCGCCCAUCGUGCCAUGCCAUACGUCUGCCGGACGAAGCGGGCUCCACCUUUGGAAGGCACACCUUGUGGUAACAAACGGUGGUGCGUGGAUCGUGUAUGUGAACCAAUGCCUGGUCACGGUGACAAUAGUAAGGAGAAGAAACCGAUCACACCAGAAUGGGGAGAAUGGGGCGAGUGGAGCAAGUGCAGCGCCACUUGUGGAUACGGCCUGCGUGCUCGCAAUCGUGUAUGCCAAUACAGAGGCUCCCCAUCAGAAAAGUCGUGCGAGGGGGCCAGUUCGCAAGUGAUGUCCUGCUGGGCAGAAGUUGCAUGUGGAACUCCGCAGGACGUGCGCGCCGAUCUUUGUCUCCAGCGAUCCAUGUAUCUGAUUCCACAUAUACACCCUGAAGAAUCUAAACAAUGUGAACUGUGGUGUGCGAACAAAAACGGAAAAGAAUAUACUUCGUAUGGCACCUUAGAAGAUGGUUCCCCAUGCAGCUACGAACGCCCUUACGAUGUCUGCUUUCAGGGCACUUGUGUGACAGGGCAGUGCAACCCUGCAGACCCGACGUGCAACUGGUGUCCCGACGGCUACUGCAAAAACAAUACAUAUUUAUAUACAAGCAGUAUUAAAGAUCAAGGUUUUAGAAAAAUAGCGUUAAUCCCUCAAGACGCUAAUCAGCUUUCUUUCCAAAUCAACACACCUUUGGCUCUUCAUGUAAUAUUUAAAUGGCAAUGGAGACAUUACCAACAAAACAUAGAUUUGAAGAAACACUCGAAACGUGUCGCUAUAGAUUAUCCUCAAUACAAUGAUGUGAGAUAUGAUCCCAACACACCGCAAAAUCUUCAAAUUGUGCAAGUGGAGAUACUUGAACGUAUGGAGGGCUCGAUCGUGGCGGCGGGUGCAGUUUUACAAUGGCAACAGACAAAAACUAAAAUAAACAUAACUUCCAAAUCGAAACUGCAAACGGAUUUGACUAUAAUGGCGAACUCAGACGACUCCAGAUACAAAGCAUUUACAGUGGAGGUAUCCGUGAAUUAUAGUACGCCAGAGAGACGGAUAUAUCCACUCGAAUACAGAAACUUUAUGUACAGAAUAAAACGGGGCCCGUGUUCUGCUUCUUGCGGCGGUGGCAUCCGAGCUGUGCGGAAAUACUGCCCUCGCUGGCAGCCCUGCCCGCCCACCAAACACGAGCCAUGCAACACGCACAGCUGUGAGUUUGUCUGGCGAACUGGCGAGUGGGAAGAGUGCAGCGCUACAUGCGGUGAUCGGGGCGUACAAGAGAGACUGCUGUAUUGUGUACCAUCUAAUAUAAGCAUAACAUCGAGCAUGGAUGUGAUUGGGAACAUAGUAUCACCCACCCUAUGUACGUCUGAAGAGCCAAGCAAACAGCAACCGUGCAACCGUGUGCCCUGUCCGGCUUACUGGCAAGAGUUGCCUUGGACUCCGUGUUCAUCGACUUGUGGACGUGGCAUAUCCCGGCGUUCCCUAAUAUGCCUGGAACGAGAUCCCUCACUGUGCGGUCCCAAACCCCGGGAGCGGCGCCGUCGCUGCCGCCAGCGGCGUUGUCCGACCACUUGCAUAAACCCCGAUUCCGAGAGUUGCCGCUACCUGGAACUACCCAGGCUUUGUGUAAUAGUUUCGUUUAGACGAAUCUGCUGCAACGCCUGCCAAGAAUUUCACAUACAUAACAGGAGAGGCGGAUAAUAUAUGAGAUAACAGUUAUUUAUAACAGUAUUUGCAAAUUUUUAUUGUUUAUCUACAAAUUAAUCUGUGCUAAUGAUGUAAAUGCGAAGGUAUGUUAGUCUGUCCGUUUGUUUGUAAGUUACCUUUUGACGACUGAACUGCUGAACGCUACUAUAUUUGAUAUGGAGAUAGACUAGAUUAUAUCAUGAGGAUGGGCACAAGCUAUGUGUGAAAAUCUCGUCCAGAUUAUUGGAAUUGGUGAAGUUGGAGAUGAAUGUUUGUGCAGACCAAGUCGCGGGUAACAACAAGUUAUUUAUAAGUAGGCUAAGUGUUAAUGUACAAGAAAUGAAGUGCCAUAAUGUAUCGUUCGUACACUUCCAGUGCAAUUACUUGUAAGUCAAUAAAUAGCAUAUCAUUAUGGAUAGUUGCAUGGGCGCCUCUCCUUCUGGGCCAGGGAACUCGGAACAUAUUUAUUUGUAGCCCAGAGGAGCGGCAAAUCAGAUUUUUAGUCCAGGACGCCGUUUUUUCAGAAGUUGAAGCAUAAUAUAUUGUAACGUAUACAAUUAUGGAGACAAAGGUGGGUACCUCCCAUGCUCCUGGGCUCGCCCAUGAAUCGUUGUGUUCCACAUACUUAUUUUUGUAAAACUGCAUUGAUAAUACUCAAGUAAUUAAAUUUAUUUAUAA